UACACCGGGGCAAGUUGAAACGCGGGGUAAGUUAAAACGGAAGCAUUAACUUUCACAGGAAAUGAUUAUUAAUUCUUAUUAUUUUUUGCAAUGAAGAGUUCCGCUUAACGCACCUCCUGACUGUGAUAACCGGAAAUUUUAUACACCUAAACGCACUCCACUUCAUUGUUUACUUUUUGCCGUGCGCGAAAUUGAAUUGCACAUUUUAUCGGGUCAUCCAAAACGGUCAAAAAACACUGAUUUCGUUUAUAAUUUUUCGGUAACUGCACAACAGGUAAGGGUUUAGGGUUAAUUAUAUGCACUGGCGGUGGAAAAGUGGAACAAGAAUUGUUUUUUCAUCGAAUACUGUGGACAUGUCACCAUGCCACUGGUUUUCCACCUCAUGGGGCAAAUAGAAACGCGUAUGUCGGGGCAAGUUGAAACAACUGUUUAACCCAUGUGUUUUGUCCUAGAUUACAUCAUGGUUCGACGAUACAUCAGAAAAACAACCUCCAAGUACUCGAAGGAAGCACUGGACAUUGCAGCGAACGCAGUACGGAACAAACGGAUGACUCUAUCGGACGCUUCGCGGUUUUACAAUGUACCCAAGCCAACUUUGUACCGACGCGUUAACGGUUUGAGCGGUGUCAAAAGCUGCUCGCGAGGAAGAUCUAUUGCCAUUCCCUUCGAUGUGGAAUCACGAAUGGCAUCUAAUAUUAAGGUCAUGGAGAAGUGGGGCUAUGGACUGAGUAAAAAGGAGAUUAUCUCUUCCAUGGGACAAUAUUUGAAGGAAAACUCGAUCAAGACGCCGUUCAAGGAUAACAUCCCCGGAGACGAUCCCUUCAUAAUUUCCCGCUACUUUGAGCUGCUCCACGAUGUUAUCCGCUGUGUUCCACCGGAGAGAAUCUACAAUAUCGACGAAACAAGCUUCUGUUUGGACCCGAGUCGUGUUAAAGUUGUUGGCGAAAGAGGAAAGGCUGCGCACAGAGUAACCGCUGGUCCAGGCAGAGAAAACGUUACGGUACUCAUGGGCGGCAGUGCCUCUGGACAGAAGCUUCCUCCUCUCAUCAUAUUGAAAGGGAAAAAUUUCUGGAACACCUGGAUGGCCGAUGAAGGAAAGGGGUUUCCCGAUACAACGUAUGCUGCCACGGAAAACGGUUGGAUGAAUAGCGACACUUUUGCCAACUAUUUUGAGAAAAGCUUCCUACCUGCAAUCGGAAAAUACCGUCCAGCAGUUUUGAUUUAUGAUGGACAUGUCUCACAUGUCUCACUGGAUAUCAUUGAGAAAGCUGUGAAGGAAAACGUCAUCAUUUUGAAGCUGCCGCCACAUACCAGCCACUUGCUCCAGCCUAUGGAUCUGGCUGUGUUCAAGCCACUCAAACAAGAUUAUGACGAUGCGGUUAUCAAAUGGCAACGACGAAACUAUGGAACAAAGAUGUCGAAAAAUGCAUUUUCCAAUAUGAUUUCUCGGAUUUGGACGGAUUGCAACCCACAAUUGAUCAAAAGUGGGUUUAAAAAGGGUGGCAUUUACCCCUUCGACAACGACGUAAUUUCGGAGAAUAAUUACGAUCCAGCUGCGCUGAAAAGAUUCAAGAAAGCGAAGCAAGGCCCAAUGCUACCACAAGAAUCGAGUUCUACGGCAGAUCUGAGGGCAGAUCUACCAAAUAUCCCGGCCACGAUGCCUCCCGACAACGCUGAACAGAGCACGAGUUCUGACACUUCUUUCGAGGCUAUGUUGUUGGCGCACGUAAAGCAGGAUCCAGUUCGCGAUAAAACCAAAAGACGUCGAGUCUGUAAUGGAGCCGAGGUGAUCACUUCAUCGCAAGCUGUGGAAAAACUGACAAAAAUCGAGGACGACCGAAAAAUGAAGAAAAAGAAAGUUCGCAAAUAGUUUUCGAUAAAUCGCCGGCCGGCGGCCAAGCAGAUGAAAUAUCUUUUUUUUUGUAUUUGAACAUGAAUUGGUCAUCUUUUCAACUUUUAGUUAAAAGUGAAAGUCGUUUUGUAUUUCUAUAUUCUUGAUAGAUUCCAUUGCUUGAAUUAUCUAGUGGAGUUUCCCAUCAUUUGUAUUUGAAUGACUAUACGAUACAAGAUUGGGUAUUUUAUCGAAUAAAAUAACAUUUGCUUUUUGAAAAAAAUAAAUAAAUCAAAGACUUUUUUGUAAAGAAAACUCGCAAGUUCUUCUAAUUUAUUAUUCAUAUGUUAUUUUUCAACGUUCCCCACCAAGAUGCAUUCUAAAUAUUCUUCCAUAGUUAUAAUCUGGACGUUAUAUUCAGCAAAAUUACCAUGCUCAACUGAUUUAAUACAUCAUGGUUUCAAAGGAUGAAAAGUUUGACAAAUUUUUAUUACUAAAUGAACUUAGAACAUACUGCCAAUUGAACCAUGAUAUGUCUAGUGCUCUUUCCCUGUAACUACGUUAUGCCAAUUUGAGUUGAAUCACCUGUCACAUUCGCAAUCAUGGAAAGUGUGGAAAAUACACAGACUACUAUAAUUGGCGAGGGAGAUUAACAUACUUUUCUUGAUUCAUACAUAUAUACUGAAUGCCCUUUCCGCUCGCGCAUGUUCACUCUCCAGUGCGUAUCAUAAACCAAAACAAUUCUUUCUUUCGUACUAAAUGCAUGGUUGAUCAAAACAUACGUUUAUGCUUAUGAAAUAUGAGUGUUUUAACUUACCCCACUAUGUGGGGCAAGUUGAAACACUGAACAGUAAUCAUGGAUUGUUACAAAAGUAUUAUUUUUCAAAACUAUUCAAAUAAUUCUUGAUUUUUAAUUGAUAAGCCUUGGUUUGGGGUGAUGAAUGCCACUGGCAUGCAUUUAUUGCAUGAUCUCAUAUUUUUAAUAGAACGUCUCAAAGUUCAACUUUUCAAAAACCGUUUCAACUUGCCCCGGUGUAC